AUGCAACCGUCGCCCCUACCUGCCACACCCGUCGACUUGGACACAACGACGGAUGGAACACAAGACCAGCCCCAGACCAGUUUUGUGCAGCGCCUGCGACGGGCAGCGUCGAAUACCCACGCGCACAAGCCGCAGCAGCAAUUGCCAGAGUAUCACCCUUAUCAGCAUCGCGCCACUGUGGCCGCCCCUGCCACGCUUGAAUAUGGGGACUUUAGCCAAGUGCUACUCGAAGACGAGCCCUCGCAAACCGCGGCGUCCUCCGAGGCCAAGCCAAAGGCUAAAGGGUCCAUGGUCCAGGCAGCAUCGUCACCCCGUGACCAGCCCCAAACGGGCCUUGGCUCAUUAGCCUCUGGCUCAAACACCAAAAAGGGGUUUCCAGAGUGGGAAUCCAUUGAACCUGGCCAGCAAAUCCCAGACACCCCUGCUACGCAAGAGGACGACGACGACGACAUCUCGGGCAGCGUUGCCGCCUCACGUCACCAACCUAAGACAGGUCCCGUGUCACACCCCGCCACGAUGGAAGAAAGCGACGACGAGCUAGCGCCUCUGCACAAAGAUGCCAAUAUUUCGGGGCGCGCACCGAACCACUCAGAACAUGAUGACCUGGACUCUCUUGCUGACCUCUAA